GACUCAUUUGCCAUCAAACGAAAAGAAGUUAGAAAAUCGUUAAUCUGUAUAGUUAUCUAAAUAAAUCCUUUGUUCUGAAUCCUGAGUAGAAGUCUCCAGAUAAUAGUAGCUCAUUACAAAUAGCUUCCUCAUUGCUAUUUGAAAACCCUAAUCGCGAAAUAUCUCAAUCCAAUAAGCAAGCUUGAAAUGGCGGAGCACUUGGCGUCAAUUUUUGGUACAGAGAAGGACAGGGUUAACUGCCCCUUCUACUUCAAAAUCGGCGCCUGCAGGCACGGCGACCGCUGUUCCCGCCUCCACACAAAGCCCAGCAUCAGCCCAACGCUUCUGCUUUCCAAUAUGUACCAGCGCCCCGACAUGAUUACUCCCGGCGUCGACGCUCAGGGCCAGCCCAUCGAUCCCAAAAAGAUGCAGGAACACUUCGAGGACUUUUAUGAAGAUCUGUUUGAGGAGCUAAACAAAUACGGGGAGAUUGAAAGCUUAAAUAUUUGUGACAAUCUAGCCGAUCAUAUGGUUGGCAAUGUUUAUGUCCAAUUUAGGGAGGAAGAUCAUGCUGCUAAUGCUCUUAACAACCUGACUGGACGGUUCUAUGCAGGACGCCCCAUUAUUGUUGAUUUCUCUCCAGUGACUGAUUUUCGGGAAGCUACCUGUAGGCAGUAUGAGGAGGAUGCAUGCAACCGUGGUGGCUACUGUAACUUCAUGCAUCUGAAAAGGAUUAGCAGGGAAUUGAGGCACCAAUUAUUUCGGAAGCGUAGGAGUAGACGCAGCCGUAGCAGGAGCAGGAGUCCCUAUCGGCACCGUAGUUAUGAUGACCGCUCACAUGGGAGUCGGAGUCACAGCAGAACGCAUGAUGACCAUGAUCACCAUGGAAGUCGAAGCAGGAGGCGCAAUAGCACAAGUCCAAGAAGUAGGAGGGGUAGAAGCCGAAGUCCAGGUGGCAGGAGGAAUCGUAGUCCUGCAAGGGAAGGAAGUGAAGAGAGGCGCGCUAAAAUUGCACAGUGGAAUAGGGAGAAGGAAGAAGCAGAACAUGUUAACAGCAAGGCAAGUGCUGGCGGUGAGGAUCAAAGAUCUGAAAAUGACGACUCCCACAUUGUGGACAAUGAAGGAAACGAUGUGCGAAGGCAGCAGAAUGCAUAUGGGUACUGACAAUAUUAGCGCUGGUGAUGUGCAGUCAGGUGUCCUGUAGCCGCAAAACAGCAAGGCUGAGGUUUUGCAUAUUGUUCCAAUUUAUUUUCAAGUAUAUUUAUAUAGUUGCAAAUCUCACCUGGAUGACUAGUUUUGCAGGUCCAGGUACCCUGCUUAGAAACAUAUUGAGCACAGAUUUUUGAUUAUAGAUUACCAUGGAUAUUGUACAGGUAUUUCGGUUGAAGUGGGCAGGUCGAGUUGUAUUUGCAGGGUGAAGUCGGCUUGGAGCGCUCAUGGAUACCGAGUUGUAUUUGCAGGGUGAAGUCGGCUUGCAGCGCUCAUGGAUAGUCCUCAAUUAUUAAGCAUAGUCUGUUUUUUGGGGAUGCUGCUGCGUGCUAGUUGGAUUCACUGUCGCUGAUUUUGAUAGAGGACCCCAAUAUUGUUAUUUUAUAGCUUCACUUUACUCUUUUUUAUUUUCACGUUCCUGUAGUGCUUCACAGACUUAUUUUGAUUUAACAUUUCUAGGGCC